CAUGAUGGAGGGACCAUCUGUACUGCCACUGCUCUUCCUGAUCUCUCUGCUGACCCACACAACAAAACAAGCUCAUCUUAGUGUGAGUUCAAAAACAUCUCAGCUGUUUGCAGAUGCCUUUGUGACUCUGAGCUGUGAGGAGGACGACAGCUCUGCUGGAUGGACUUUGAGGAGAAACACAAGCACAGAAACCAGAGCUGAGUGUGGAAAUGGGUUUGGAAAACUAACUGGUUCUUCCUGUGACAUCAGCUACAUUGACCCACUGGAGAGUGGCGUUUACUGGUGUGAGUCCAGAGAGGGUGCCAUCAGUAACAUGGUUAACCUCACAGUCUCUGGUGGAUCAGUGAUCCUGCAGUGUCCUGUCCUCCCUGUGAUGGAGGGAGAUGACGUCACUCUGCUCUGUCAAACAAAGACCACUCCCUCCAACCUCACAGCUGCUUUCUAUAAAGAUGGCAUCUUCAUCGGGAAAGCGGCUACAGGUCACAUGACCAUCCAGCAUGUUUCCAGGUCUGAUGAAGGCCUCUACAAGUGUGACAUCAGCGGUCAUGGAGAGUCUCCAUCCAGCUGGAUCACUGUCACAGAGAGACACACCACCACACCUCCACCUACAUCCACCUCUCCUCCUGGUUUCAAUCUUAUUCUUGUUUUGUUGGUAAUCAUUGGAUCAGUCACAGCUGUGAUUCUACUGGUGUUACUGGUUCUGCUGUUGAGAUGUGUUUGUAGGAAACCUGAAGUGAGAAUAAGACUUCAAACCUAUAGGCAAUUUAAAAUCACCAAUAUUUUUGUUUAAUUUCUUUUUUUUUUUUUUAAGUGAGUUCGUUGCUGUUUGAGUGUAGAUUUAUUAUUGUUCUCUUUUUACUGUGGGUAGAUGUUGCGUUCUCACUGGCCCACUCAUCUCUAAAUAAACCAGUAGGCUGACUUUCAGUUUCAAUCAUCUAGAAGAUAUUAAGUCUAAAGAAUGCUUUUUGGAAACCAUUAAAGAGAACAGUGGGCAUUCAGCAUAAAGCUACAAGUGUAAAUACAGCUGGCUUAAUUAAAGAACCACUUAAAAAAUAAAAUAAAAUUUCUUUACUGGUGCAUACAAUAGUUAAAGAGAAUUUGUAGCACUGUAAUGUACUGUUGAAAAUGAGGUUUGAUGAUAAAUAGAAAAAGUCUAUAAUAAAACGAAAAUGUAACUUUCAUUGAAGUUUGUGUCUUUUUUGCUUUACUGCUAGUCUUACAUUUUCCUGGAAAUUUCCUAAGGCCUGAAUUUUAAACAUCUUUCCAGUGUUUGAGCAGAGAUCACAAUGCUAACAACUUAAUGUGCAGUGAUUCGGUUUCUUAAGCUUUUGUUUUACUGUUUUUUUAAUAAACAGGAAGUGAAACUCUUGAGAUUAUCUUUGCAAGAGUGUCCUGGACCAAUUAUGGCUGUUAUGUUUGUCUCUGUGUUUGUAUUUCUUGGAUGGUUGUUCUGUUACUGUAACUGUAAUUUCCCCAUUGUGGGACUAAUAAAGGUAUUUGUGUUCGUAACCUUACAUGUCCUUUUGAUGGUAGGAGCACCUGGAGAAAACCCACUCAGGCAUGCUAUCGGGGUUUUAGAGAGCACAGAUCUUGUCACUUUGAGAUUACAGUGCUAACCCCUGAAUCUAGCUGCUAUAGCCCCUAUCCCAGGUGGGAAGUAUAAUUUGUCUUAACACAUGCAUUUGGAGAGCUGUAUAGUGUUUUGGUCCAGUUUAUGAAGGAUGAACUAAAUCCAAAUUUAUGUA